AUCGAGAUUGCUUGCAAGGUUCAACUUAAAGACACAUACUAAUAACAUGAAGAAGAUCAAUGGCUCAAAUACCCCCCUCCCCCCUUCCCCUCUUCAUGACUUAUCUACUAACAGGAGAGGGUCUCCCUUCCGCUCUUCAUGACUUCUCUACUAACAGAAGAGGAUUUGGGUGCAGACCAUCUAUGGCGGCCGAGGUUGAAAAGUGGCGGGGAAAAAGAGUAUACAGAGAGGUGGUUAAGUGAAUUUAAGGUCAAAUGUGCAUUCCCUAUAAAUUUCCCAACAGGAUUCAAAAAAGGAGCAGGGUUUAAGGAGAAAUUGAACAAUUGGCAACGAAUCUCAUACAUAAAGCCAUAUGAGAAAACGAACAUAGUUAAUGUUCGUAGUUGUGGAGGAGUAGAGAGGUAUGAGAAGAGAGCCGUGGGAAUCAUUCACGAACUCUUGAGUUUAACCGUAGAGAAGAUGGUUCGAGUUGAACGGUUAGCUCAUUUUCGAAAGGAUCUAGGAAUUGAAGUGAAUAUCCGCGAGUUGUUUGAUUCUCAAAUAGUUUAUCUGAGAGAAGCAUAUGACAGUAAAGGAUGUUUGAUUGAGCCAAACAGAAUUUACAAUGUUAGAAAAAAAGUUGGAGGUAAUCUUACUGGGAAGCCGAAAUACUAGAGGAUUGAACUUGGAAAGGGAAGUACAUGAGAAAGAAACAAGGAUUGUCAAAGGGGAUGAAAACAAAAGUAGCAAGGUAGAUGGUGACUUUGUCAUUUCAAUUCUAGAGAAGUGUUGAUUAUAAAUUGAUAAAUUAGUAAUCUAAAGAAGUGUUGAUCUAUUUAGUUCUUCUACAAGAACGAAUACAUCCGUUUUAUUUUUUAUUUGUCUAUUGCAUAAAUGUAAGUUUACUGUGUUUCUUUCUCAUCUUCAUCUCCACUCUAAGCUCAAAUGUACCAUUCACUAUGUUUGGAGUUACCGAUGUAAAGUUUAAAAUAAUAUACAUUGAACGGCUUCAUCUUUAUAUA